UCUGUAACGUCCAGAACAUACAGAAUUACAAUGGAACAAAUCGGCAAAACGUCCAGAACAUGUUCCGACCGUCCCCGCAGUCGAGUAGGUGCAUCGUGGAAUCCAAGAUGGCUGACAAUGCAUUGGACGAUAGUGAGUUUGUUAUCCAGAUUGAAGAUCCUACUACAAAAGAAAAAAAGUAUGUGAAAUUAUCGGCCGACAUGGUAGAGGCAUUGAAUUCAGCAGAUCCAAUGAGGCGGCACCAUGCCUAUGAAUUGAUUAGCCACACUUGGAAGACAAAUCCAGAUGAUUUUCCAGAGCCAGCAGAUAAUGAGCCUGAAAUUCAACACAUAAUGGAAGAAGAAAAUGUCAUAUCAGAGGACAGUGAAAAGUCAGAUACAAGUGCUUCUUGGAGUAAAGAUGCCACACUCCUACUGGUCAGUGAGAUGAAAGAAAGAAAAGAGCAUAUAGAUAAAGGAUUUACAACCAAGAAGAGGGUUUUCCAGGAUAUUUCAAAAAUCAUGUUUGAACACUCUUAUUCGUUUAAUGCAGACCAAGUAGCAGGACGUUGGAAAACUUUGCAAAGAGGAUAUAAGAAUGUAAAAGACCACAAUAGAAGCAGUGGGUCUGGAAAGAAAAGUUAUGAAUAUGAAAGUGUUCUUGAUGAUUACUAUGGCAAAGAUCCGAUAGUCACUCCAGUAAUGACAUUAAGCAGUCAUAGUGAUAAUGGUUCAGGAUCAGGUUGUAAUUCCUCGGAUGUUCCAGAAGAAAAUGGAGAAGAACAAGUACAAGUAAAGAAAAAGCGUAAGUCAGCCUCAGGUGAAAUGGUAGAUGUUAUAAAGACUUACAUAGAAGCCCAAGAAGAACGUCAUAAAGAUGAAGUUGCUAGGAAAGAAAGAAUGCAUCAGGAGCGAUUAGCACUUAUAUCAAAAUUAAUAGAUGCAGUGUCCAAAAAUAAAUAAGGAGCAUAUUCUUGUGUAUUACUUUAGGAUUUUGUUCCUAUUGCAACUUUUUAAUGUUUUGAUACAUUUCUUUGUCUGUGUUAAUACAAAAUUAUUUGACUCACACUUGAGCCAUUGUCAGAUAAAGCUAUGUCAAAGAAAUCUAGGUCAGAUUAAAAUAUUGGUCACCAGGGGUCAAAAAGAAAGUCACAGGUUAACUGAUAGAAACAUUACUACCAUUUUAGACGCCAUAUUUUUUACCUGAAAUAAAAAAGUGACACAGGUGAGCAAUUCAUGUCCAUCAUGGCCCACUUGUAUAAAAAAAUAUGUACUGUAUUUUCAGGUGAAGGAAACCUGUCUUUACUGGAUAUGCCAGAUGAAAUACUUGCCAAGAUCUUACUGGAUAAUGUCAAUCAAUAUGAAUUAUUUAACUCUUCAAGAUUUGUUUGUACAAGAUUUGCUGAAGUCAUUGCAAGUGGGCUGAAUUCUGUGACACUUGCAGAAUCUCAGCUUUGUUUAGAACAGUUGAGUUUCUUAUUUCUUUGUUCAAAUUUGAUACACUUGACAGUUGUAUAUCAAACAGGCAAUGUCUGUCGCUCAGCUAUAAUUGAAAACUUGGAACACUUUAAAGCAUUGAAGAAUUUGAAAUUGGUUGGUCCGUAUUUUAAAGAUGAAGACAUUGCAUGCAUUUGUAAAAAAUGUCCAUAUUUAGAAUAUCUUGAAGUUGUUUCCUCUCACUUGUCAGUUGCCCCUACAACACUUAGGCUAGUCAUAGAUUCUCUUCCAAGGCUGAAGACAGUUUCAUUGCCAGUUUGUUCUGGCUGUGAUGAAGAUUUAGGCAAAAUACUUGACUUCUAUUAUGGUCAUGUUUCCUUUGGUCAUCAGGUUUUAGAUGCUCUUAGUCAAAACGUUUUGCACAGACCAAAAUUUGCAUAUCUUCUUCAGUAGAUUACUGAUGCAAAAUUGCAUGUAAUAGUUAGUAUAAAUGUUAUGCUUAGCUGUUCACUGCAAGCAGUUAAAUACAAUGUAAUGUGAAUGCCAUCCCAGAACUGAUAAAGGCUACUUGUGUUUUAAGAUUCAAUAGUUUGGUAUAAUUCAUGCUAUGCUUUUGAGGAUUGUUUUGUGUAAAUUUUCUAAAAUGUGCAAUGUUAAAGCUAACUGUGUUGUACUAUUGUUACAUUUUUGGCAGCUGAAUGCUUUGUAUUUCAUAUGUAUGGGGCACCGUUUUACUAUAUUAUCCAUUUUAGUGAUAUCUCCUAUUCGAAUAGGUGAUAUUUCACUAAAAUAGGUUGAAUAAUAAAACGGUGCCCCAUACAUAUAUAAGUAUGCAUUCAUCCAGUUAUUUUCUUUUCUAGCAAAUAUAUGCUUAGGUAAAGCGCCAGCAGAAUAAGUGAUUUUACUUACUAUUGUAAAAUGUUUGACAGUUAUAUAUACUUAGUUCAAUGUUUGACAGUUAUAUAUACUUUGUUCUUCAGACAUAGUUUGAAUUGUUUUCUUUUCUAGUAAAGAUAUGCUUAGGUAUAGCGCCAGCAGGAUAAGAGGUUGUACCAUUGUAAAAUGUUUGACACCUUCAGACAUAGUUUGAAUUGUUUUAUUUUCAAGCAAAGAUUUGCUUAAGUAAAACUCCAGCUGAGCCAGUGGUGUUACUAUUGUUAUGUUUUUUUUAUAGUUGUACUUGUAUAUACUUAUUAUUACAAUACAGAUUUUUACUGGCUGUUAAAAUCUUCAUAGACAAAUUAAAAAUGACCUUAACAGGCAGCUAUCAAAAUUUAUAGAUGUAACAAAAAAUCUAGUGGUUUGCCUACACGCAAUUUUUUGUAACCAUAAUACCAAACCAAUUCAAUUGGAAUUACAGAUGUUAAUGCAAAUGUUAUUGAAUUCUCAGUUUGUACAUAAAUUACUGAUAUUACUAUCCUUUCACAAUUCACUGACUUUUAUAUAACUGUACAGUUUCUUUUGAUUUUGUGUAUAUUUAUGCAAGCUUUCAGGGGAUAAACUGAUGGAACAGUGUUGAAGCUCAACUUAUGUAUUAUAACUUACUUUAAAUUUGAUCUCGCUAUCAUUUGGACUAGUCAAAACUGAUCUCUACAUUCCAAGGGAUUAAAGGAUUUAUUUUUCUUGUUCAUGUUUAUUUUUGUUUGAGAUGUUACAAAUAAAACAAUGAAGAAAACGACAUUUUUGUGUUUUAUUAUAAUUUUUACUUAGAAUUAAAUCAGGUGAGCAGCUAUAGUGUCCCUCUUGCGAACUCCUUCAGCAUUAUCCUGUAAACAAAUGGGAUUUAAAACAGGAUUUGAUAUGUUGGCAUCUUCUAAAAAGUCAUUCACAGCAUCGUG